GCCAGAGUAAAUUCUGAGCAGGAGCACUUCCUCAUUGUACCUUUUGGACUCCUCUAUAGUGAAGUCACUGCAUCUAGUCUGGUUAAAAUCAAUAUUCAGGGAGAUGUAGUUGAUCGUGGAAGCACUAACCUGGGAGUAAACCAAGCUGGUUUUACUUUGCACUCUGCAAUUUAUGCAGCUCGACCUGAUGUUAAAUGCAUUGUUCAUAUUCAUACGCCAGCAGGGGCAGCGGUUUCUGCAAUGAAGUGUGGUCUCUUGCCGAUUUCACCUGAAGCACUUUCUCUGGGGGAAGUAGCUUAUCAUGACUACCAUGGUAUUUUAGUGGAUGAUGAAGAAAAGGUGGUUAUUCAGAAAAAUUUGGGGCCUAAAAGUAAGGUCCUUAUUCUCAGAAACCAUGGCUUAGUAUCAGUUGGAGAGACUGUUGAGGAGGCUUUCUACUAUAUUCAUAAUCUAGUGCUUGCCUGUGAGAUUCAAGUACGUACCCUGGCCAGUGCAGGUGGACCUGACAAUUUAGUGCUUUUAGAUCCCGGAAAGUAUAAAGCCAAGUCUCGUUCCCCUGAGUCUCCAGCAGGUGAGGGUACUGUAUCCCAUCCAAAAUGGCAGAUUGGCGAACAGGAAUUUGAAGCUCUUAUGCGAAUGCUCGAUAAUCUGGGUUACAGAACUGGCUAUCCAUAUCGAUGCCCUGCUCUGAGAGAGAAAUCUAAAAAGUACAGCGAUGUUGAGAUUCCAGCUAGUGUCACAGGUUACUCCUUUACUAGUGAUGGCGAAUCAGGCACUUGCUCCCCCCUCAGACACAGUUUUCAGAAACAGCAGCGAGAGAAGACAAGGUGGCUGAACUCUGGCCGAGGGGAUGAUGCUUCUGAAGAAGGGCAGAAUGGCAGCAGUCCCAAGUCGAAGACUAAGUGGACUAAAGAGGAUGGACAUAGAACUGCCACCUCUGCUGUCCCUAACCUGUUUGUUCCAUUGAACACCAAUCCAAAGGAGGUUCAAGAAAUGAGGAACAAGAUCCGAGAGCAAAAUUUACAAGAUAUUAAAACCGCAGGCCCUCAAUCACAGGUUCUUUCUGGGGUAGUUGUGGACAGGAGUCUUGUACAGGGAGAACUGGUGACUGCAUCAAAGGCAAUAAUUGAGAAAGAGUAUCAACCAAAAGUCAUAGUGAGCACAACCGGACCAAAUCCCUUCAAUAAACUCACUGAUCGAGAACUGGAAGAAUAUCGCAAAGAAGUAGAAAGAAAGCAGAAGGGACCAGAAGAACCUUCAGAAGAUGGCAGACAACAGAAAGAGAGAAGUCCCCCUGAUCACACUUCAGCUCGCACUCCUCCCAGUACACCGAUUAAAAUAGAGGAAGAGACACAGCAGGACCAGACCUACAAAGAUGACAGUGACGCUGCAACUUUCAAGCAAACCCUCCCAGAUCUCACCCCUGAUGAGCCUUCAGAAGCACUCAGCUUCCCUCCCUUAGGAAAGGAGGAAGGGAGAUGUGAUGAAGAUGUGCCCAAAAGCCAAAUGGAAUCACCUGCAGUGGAAAAUAAGGAACCCCAGUCUCAGCCUGCUGAAGAGCCAGUAACACCAACAGCUGAGGAGGGGACAGCAGCUGAUGCAGGUAGUGAUGAAUCUCCAGGGAAGUCCCCGUCGAAAAAGAAAAAGAAGUUUCGCACUCCUUCCUUCCUGAAGAAGAGCAAAAAGAAGAGUGACUCCUAAAGGCCAAACACACUGCAGAAACACUGUCAUAUUUUAAAAUUCAUUAACCACUAGAAUGUACCAGAUCGUACUGAGUGUUUUGUCUUAUUACGUAAAUGAAUGCAGCAAGUAAUCCAGCCAGCCCCUCAAGUUAUGGCUUGAUUGUUUAAGGUUAUAACCAGAAACUAAUGUCCAAAAAGGUGCUAAUCCUGUGUUUUCAGCAGCUACCAGAGAUCUGAUCCCUAAUUUGUAAUCAAAUGUAAAUGACUUCCAUGUGGAAGGCAUUGAAUCACUAUUUUUAAUUUAAAGCCUGCACUGCUUUACAAAAGAAUUAAAAAAAAAUUUCACAAUUGAAAAUAAAACACACGUUGCUUACCA